CAAGUCUAGCGCUGUCGAAAGCAAAAAAAUUUUCGUGCGCGAAGAUACUGCGAUGGACUAUCUUCUUCCUAAGUUUACUGGCUUUUUGCAUGAGCGGUGGCCUCCUUCUUUACUGGUUCGUAUACGUUCACGGCAGCCCGUAUUUAUUUCUUUUCUCUUACUGUUACUAGUACUACAACAUCUUUUUUUUGCAUGUUCAAACUCCAAUAACUCGACGAGCGAUCAUCCAUGUACGAAAUUUACUUGAACUUACUUCGAUCUAAGAAAGUACACCUACACUUCAAACCAAUACAAGCACUUCUAUCUUUUAUGUGACUCUCCGACUGUCCUUGUUGUACCGUAACUUCAGACCGCAGGCGCUGGUGAAUUUACGAGCAAAGCACAAGGAUAUGCGAGUGAAGUAUUUCCAUCUGCAUGGCGCGUGUAUCGAUUUAUCAAACGCUUACAACGCGGAAAUGGAUGAAGGAGCCAACUCGGAGAAACCGACAAAGCUUAGCAAGCUUAUGUCCAAAGCACAUGAAGAAAAGUGUCCAUUGAUUAUAUCGCGGUACGGAUCAAUUCCUUCUUGUUUUCUUCUAGUUGUUUUCUGAGUAUCUCCCCCUUGAGCAGUUCUUCUUUUUUACGUGCUUGCUUUCAAAAGUAGAAGCGGGGGGACAACGGAAAUAGAUGAUACACGUACAAAUAUAAGUAUGGCUACUAGACCAAGAAUAUAGUGCCACGAUACACGUACACCGCGGUUGUACCACGAUCAUCUUCUCCUAUCGAAUUCUUACUCUGUAAUAUCAAUUGAAUCCAACUCACUUGCAACAUCAAUCUCACUUGCAACAUCUGUAGUAUCAAUUCUCACUUGCAACAUGAUCAAUCCUUAAGAACGAACCUCAACAUUUUGAUUGGGUUAAUAUCCACGAUGAAGUCGCCCCCCACCCUCGUCUUUCAGACAUGAAAUCCCACCUUCUUUCAUGGAAGCAGUUGAGGAGGCACUGAGUGCCGUUCUGAAACAAGUCGAAGAACUCCAAGCCUAUCUUCCGAAAGUCGGGUACUUCAUACAGUCUUACUUAGUAGGUUAGAUUUCACACAUGAAUUUAAAUUUUUGCAGUGGUCUUUCUGCUUCAAAGCCUAUUCGUACUAGCUAGCUCAUCUUUGUAGUUGGAAGUCAGAAGGGUUCUUGUAGUGACAACGAACUACAAGUUUGUGACGUUCUUGACGAGUAUUUUAUCUGCUGGAUCAUGUAGCUGCGUUUCUACAAGUAAACGGAAAGUGAUGUGAAUGGGCCGCACUGCACGAUUUCGGUAAUUGCAAAUCACAUUACUCUCAUCUCCAGGCCAGACGGCGAGCUAAUUAUUGAGGAAGAAGAGGAAGAAAAAGUGGAAGACAGAGCCAGUACAGGCUCAACGGGCAUUUUCGGUCUGCUUGGAGGAGACGUACUAUAACUACCUCUCGUUGAUGUUAAACCGAACUACCAAGUAGAAGUACGAAGCAAGAAUUCCGUCUUUCGUCGAGAAUCGUGCUGAUUCCACCGAGUCAAUGUUUCUCAAAUAGUUUUUGGGGCUAGUAUGAGAAGAUGAAUAAAUGAGGUUGAUCGCAAAGAUAUUCGACCACGGAAAACAGAAAAAAAUAAAGGAUAAAGUUCUGUCAGAGAUUUUUACUGUUCAUCGAACUCACUACCUCAUCAGGGCCGCGAGGCGGUGGCCGAGGAUGCGGGCGACGGGUAAAGGUCGAAUUCGUAAUUUGUAUAGUUCACGCAAUCUAUCUCGAUGGAUAUCUACCAACCUUGACAUUUAAAAUUUCUCUACAAGUACAACUGACUUCGAGAAAAUAAAUAUUUUCGAUUCACAUGAUCAUUUUCAUACUUUGACUACAUCCUCAUCAUGGGCCGUAUCCAAAACCAGGACUGGGGACGGUCGACAGACUGCCAACUUGCUAUGGCCGACCAUUGUAAUAAUACCAGAACCUGUAUUUUCCCAAAUCCCAAUCUAAAAAGCCGGUGGCGUAUGCACUUAGCUUGAUGGUGUUAUUGUUUCGCUAGUUUUGAGUUAAGUACCCGUUUCGGCAAGGAAUGCAUAUGCAACGAUUAGAUUUAGAUUGCGACAUACACACCACUGGAUUGAUAAUUUAUAGCAACGAAAACAAGCAAAUAAAUGUAGAAAAACUGUAUUUGCCUUGUGUGUUCUGUUUCCAUUUCAUGUACUGAAAAUCAGUUGGCUCUACUUCUAAUAGGCGACUCGCAGGAGUCAAUGCUCUCGAUGGGUAGUGCGGAGAUGCCGUCAUCCCUUAUGGAAGCUAUCAACGGGAUGGGAGGCAUGGGCUCAGCUGCGGCCGAUGACAAACUCUUCCUCGACGAGUUUGAGAAGCAGAAAAAGACCGAACAGUAAAUGCAGACGAGGAGAAGAAGAAAUAGUCGAGGAGGUAGAGAAGCACAAGCACAGUUACUAGUAUCUGGGCGAGGUGGAGAAGUACAUCAGGCAGUGACAAAACGGGAGUGCGUUCUUGAUGUAAUUCAGAGGCAUGAACUAUCCUCCAAGCACAUUUAGUCAUCAAUCACUCUGCGUCUCUUCACGCUAAGGCGUCCUUGAUUCAAAAGACUACGUGGGUCAGCAUAAAUAUCCAUAUAUAUAAAUAAUAUGACGAAUUAAUCUACUAUCAAAGUCUUUACCCCUUGCAUGAAGAGAGCCAAGCCUUCAGAUGCCUGAACCCAGCCUACAAAGAUAUGAAUGUAUUUCGUACCUAGUACACUCUUGUUCCGCAACAUACUAUUAGCAACCAUAAAAGUUCAUGGUCAUACAACCCAUACAAACAGCCACAGCCGCCCGAAGCCGAAUUGUCUCUCAUCGUUCGAGACAUAUUUAUAUUCAUUUAUCAUCUUACAAGCACGACGAACACCACAAGUACACACACACACAUCCAGUUGGAGAUUUAUUACAGCCUUCUACGAUCAUGAUCAUCGUAGUUAAUAAUCAUAUUCUUUGAUAAAGCAGGAUUCAUGGGUAACUCACUGAAAAAUCGAGUCAAAUCGCAUAUAAACUUAAAUUUAAUAAGACGGUGAGUGUCUGAAGGAAGAAAUCCUACAACAUGGACGAAUAACUACUAGUGCGGUCCUUUUUCAUCUUCAAGAUCCAGUACAACUGCCGCAGUAGAUCUAAAUUGGUUCUGAUGUGCAAAGGGUGUCCGACUCACGUACGACACAAGUCAGGCUGGGACGCAACGCGGUGACGGUGUUGAGGAAAUUGCAGUGUCGAGACCGUUGAGGAGACAGCAGUGUCGAGAUCCCACGAUCUGCGUCGUCUUAGGAUCACCAACGCUGGCUGUCACACGAUGUCAAGCAAGUAGAAACAAAAAAUCAGUUGCGCAAGCACUGGAAAAGUCAUCUUAGUACCCAUCUGGCAAUGGUGAUGCUGCCAGCAAGAUCUGACGGUGGAUGCUCGCAGGAGUCGAAUCACCUAGCGGAGCAAGUGGCAUGGGUUCCUAGACAUAGGUGCACCGGAAAGAUUGAAGGAAAAGGGGGAACUGCUCCAAGAGCACGACCAUUCAGCCUAGUCACGCCAGCGCUAACGAGUUGGAAACAUGAUGUAAUUCGACUGUGCAUGGUGGAUAGGCUCUCUCGCCUGCAAUCAUUCAUGUGAAAUUAACCAACAUGCAUGUAGUUGCAAGGAAGUAUGUCAAACAGUUAUAGCCUUACAAGAUCACAGGUACUACUCGGGAAUUACUAGCGUCUUUCUGGUGUUGUUGUAAAAAUUAAAAUUCUUCAGUAUCUGCAGUCUCGCGAGUCACUCCAUAUUAAGCGCCAAAAGGAGCUAACAUCCCUCCACAGAUUGCUCCAACAUCCCUCCACAGAAGAUUACAAUAGAUACCCAAGUCCCCGAAAAUUAAUUUCGCUAUCACCGAUGUCUACACCGCGUGUGUGCCCGAUUAUAAAUCAGGACUCUGGCUAGUGAAGCCCGGUUAUAAAUCACAAGAAAUCGUGCCACCGACACCUCUACUUCUUCUAAACAGC